UUCCGGGUGCCGCUGGCUGAGGGGGGGGAAAGCGGCGGCGCUGGCGGUGGCGGCCGGGGGGAAAGCAGCACUCGGGCCAGGGCCGAGCUCCCUCCGGCGGGCCCGCCAUGUGAGGAGACCCCGACGCCCCUCAGGUUACACCUUGGGCCAGGAGACAUGGACAGCAGCAGCUUCAUCCAGUUCGACGUUCCCGAGUACAGCAGCAGCGUCCUGAGCCAGCUGAACGAACUCCGCCUGCAGGGCAAGCUUUGCGACAUCGUCGUGCACAUCCAGGGCCAGCCGUUCAGAGCUCACAAAGCUGUCUUAGCCGCCAGCUCUCCCUACUUCCGCGACCAUUCGGCGUUGAACACCAUGAGUGGCUUGUCAAUCUCCGUCAUUAAAAACCCCAGCGUCUUCGAGCAGUUGCUUUCUUUUUGCUACACUGGAAGGAUGUCUCUGCAGCUGAAGGACGUGGUCAGCUUCCUCACCGCAGCCAGCUUUCUCCAGAUGCAGUGCGUCAUUGACAAGUGCACUCAGAUCCUGGAAAGCAUCCAUUCGAAAAUCAGCGUCGGGGAAGUCGACUCGGUGACGAUCGGCGGCGAAGAUCCCCUGGAGAACCACAACGGCAUGAAGGAAAGCGGCUAUUUUGCCAACCCCAUCGAGAUAUCCCCUCCCCCUUACUGCGCUCAGGGCCGCCCGCCAGCUUCAGGGAACGACCUCCGAAUGGAAACGACGCCGGCCAACGCUCUCCGCGGCCGCCUGCAAGAAGAAGGCCACUCGGACCGGGGUAGCAGCGGUAGCGUUUCGGAAUACGAGAUUCAAGUCGAAGGAGACCACGAGCAAGCGGAGCUGAUCAUUAGAGAGAGCCAGGCUGCCGAGGUGAAAGUCAAAAUGGAAAAAUCCGACCGGCCCAGCUGCUCGGAUAGCUCUUCGCUUGGCGACGAUGGAUACCACACGGAAAUGGUGGACGGAGAACAAGUGGUGGCCGUUAACGUCGGGUCCUACGGCUCCGUCUUGCAAAAUGCUUUCUCGUAUUCCCAGGGAGCCUCGCAGUCUGCUAACGUCUCCGAAUCCUUCGGCAGCCUGAGGAGUUCCGGCAAUUCGAGGUCUAUGCUCGGCUCCUACCGAGGCCGUGGGCGUCAAAAGCGGGUCUCCACCAGCCACUUGCACAGCGACGUUUCCAGCCUGGUGUCGGGAACCGACGGCGAGCCUUCCGCCCAUCAGCCGGGCUACGAGAGCGGCCCGCGGGAAAGGAAUUCCAGAGGCCACUGGUACGCCUACAGCGAACGGCUGAUCUGCAUCUACUGCGGGAAGUCCUUCAACCAAAAGGGCAGCCUCGACCGGCACAUGAGGCUACACAUGGGCAUCACGCCCUUCGUCUGCAAGUACUGCGGGAAGAAAUACACCCGCAAGGAUCAGCUCGAGUACCACAUCCGCGGCCACACCGACGACAAGCCUUUCCGCUGCGAAGUCUGCGGGAAGUGCUUCCCUUUCCAAGGGACCUUGAACCAGCACUUGCGGAAAAAUCAUCCCGGCGUGGCUGAAAUUCGAAGCCGGGUGGAAUCGCCCGAAAGAACAGAAGUCUAUAUGGAACAGAGAGACGACGAUCCUUCCGCGCCCGAGACUCUGGAUUAUACCAUGGAUGUGCACACCCCCGAUUAAAAACACCCGAGGCUGUUUUUCUCUCUCCACGCAAUUCGAGCAAAGCACACGUUUUUUUUUCCCCUUUCGUUUCUUCGAUCGGUUUCACCAGAGUUAUAAUUGCAAUUUUUUCCACCCCUCCCCGUCCUCCUAAAUUUUAGCCGUUCUUGUGGGCGUGGUUCCGGAGCCAAAGCCUGCUUGUUUUGUUUGCAAAGAAGCAGGGUGAGCUUUACUCGCAAAAUACCAUCUAGGGCAGGGGUCUCCAACCUUGGCAACUUUUAAGACGUGUGGACUUCAACUCCCAGAAUUCUGGGAGUUGAAGUCUUCAAUUCUGGGAGUUGAAGUCCACCAGUCUUAAAGUUGCCAAGAUUGGAGACCCCUGAUCUAGGGGAAUGACGUGCUCGCCGAUGGUGGGGCGAGCUUGGUUAGCUAAAGAUGUGAUGGCAACAGGGAUAGUGCUGGCUGGCUCGCCAACCAGCGCCUCACGUUGCGUUGUGGGGAGCCGACGAGCAGACGAGAUGUCCUUGGAUGUCUGUUUGUUUUCUUUGUGGAAUAACUAUUUCGAUAGCUUUGAAUUUUAUAUAAUAUAUAUACAAUAUACAUAUAUAUAUAUAUAUAAACACUUAUAAAAGGUUCGGGGUUGUUUUUUUUCUCUUCUGGUUGGUGAGGGGUGAAUGUAGAAUAAUCUUAAAUAAAUUUUAAAAAGAACCCUGUUGACGAUAAGGCUUUCAAACUUAUAAGUUCCCCAGACUGGAUUUUGUUCAAGAAACAUUGUUCUUGGUUGGUUUUUCCCUUUGUGCAAAUAGGAUAGUCCAGAAGCAAGCAAAGCAUAACUUUUUUUUACUAUAACUUUGCUCCACAGCGUAUAAAAACCAAAUGCCAUCAAUGUAUUAAUUUGGGGCUUUUUCUUGUCCAAAAUCCAAACUGGACAACUUCGGUGCUGACCUCCCUCCUUUUUUUAUAGGAACAAAAAUGUAUUAUUAUAUUAGCCAAGACAGAAUACAGGAUUGUGGUUUUAACUAUUUUUUACUCUCCUCAGAAUCUACCUUCAUUUCGUACUGUAAAAAGGCAGACCAGGUUAAAUCACGUUUUUACAUUAAUCGCUCUGGAUAGUUAACGGUCAGCUUUAACUGUGGAUUAAAAAAAGAUGUUGUAUUUGAAUCUACAAUAUUUCAGUGCAGUAUUUGUAAUGGACCUCUUCGGGUACACUUUAACUUCAUACGUAAAUGUUUUCAAAUGAAACAGUUGAUUUUUUUUAAAAAAACUUUUUUUGUAAUGAUAUUAUAUGGGAAACGAUGAGCAAUAUAUCCUAUUGUAUUAGAGAGGCUUCUUUUAGCUUCUCCAUAACAGUGGCUAAAUCAGUAUUUUUCACAGACAGCCAAUAACAAAUAUCCUGUUUUCUCUGCUUUUCAGAUGUUUGAUAAACUUUCAAAAGUGGUGCUAACUUUUUCUUCCCCUUAACUACAGCAUAGAAAAAUGUGAAACUUAAAACCGGUAGUAAAACCUUUUUUUUUUACCUUUCCGCUUAGAUUUCGCUUUCCCUGAAAAAAAAGACCUCAAAGAGAAUAAGCUGGCAAACUUGACUGUAUUAAACAAGGAUUCUACCCCAGUGGAGAAAAUGACGGAUUUUGUUUAGAAGCGUGUUAACUUUUGACGUUUGGUGGAGUGAGCGGCGUUUCGAUCGGUGUCUUCGCCUUUACGGGAACGUCCCGCAUUGCUCUCCUUGCUGGGUUGAUUAGUGGCGGUUUCAAUUUCUGAUACGGAGGUGUAGACCGUAGAGUUAACUGGGUUGAGCAGAACGAAAGAUUGGUGGUGCUUAGUUUGAAGGGUGCUUGGGACUCCAGUGUCUACGGAGCUUCUCAAUCGUCCAGGUUGUCCCAAAUUUGCUUUUUCAAGAGGCAGCUGGACUUCCUUGUUUUUCAGAAAGCCCAGCUGCUUCUUGGAAAAAGCACUUUUGGGACUCAGAACUUCAGUUUUCUCUUUCUAUGUGCCUGUAACCCCGUGGCGGCACGGCCAUGCUCUUCCUAGUUAAACGAAACCAUGGUUUCUCCCAUCAUCCCAAUAUGUGCUUCUUCAACGGGGGGGGGGGGGGGGCGGGAGACAGACGGAUGUCCUGCCUCUGUACCUGUCUGCCAAAUCUGGAGGAUGCAUGACCACUUCGCCGAUUUUAAGGGUUUUUCUAUCGUAGCGCACGCUGUUGCAUUUCAAUCUGAGCCUUCGCUUUGAAUUCCAGGGUGAUUCCUUAAAAGCUUUCUCACAACUGUGAAUUUUUUUUAUUUAUUUUUUUAAAAGGCCUGGCUUUUCUCAAAUGAGGGUCCGUUCUCCAUCUUGCUGAGGCGACCUGCCCAAAAGAGACGUGAAUAUCUAUUGUGGUUUUGAACGCUGAAAGCGCAGGCUUUAAGGAAGGCAGAGAAUAGAUCUUUGCAGUGUUUGAGAGGGAAAUGCGUCGUUAGAGCAGUGUAGCAAAAAUCUGCAGUACAUCAUGUCUACUCCCUGAGCGGAGUUAAACUAACAUAGUUAGCCUCUUCCUCUUCAACCUCUCUUAGAGAUACUUACUUCUGUCACCAUCUCAAUCCAGCCCUUUUAUUACCUUCCCCCCCCACUCUAGAAACAAAAUUGGGAUCCAAAGAGCCCGCCCACCCACCCACAAACAUCCAUAUAUUUAUUGUGUUUCUCCUCCUCUUUCCUCUGCCCUCCCUUCCUCUCCUUUGGACAUCAGGAAAUUACAGGUAGCCCUCUGAAUCUGGCAUUCCCCAGGGAUGUGAUCUGUGAGAGAUGGUUGUAAGUCGCUUUUUUUCAGCGCCGUUGUCACUUCGAACGGCCACUCAGCGAGCUGCCGUCAAGUCGAGGCCGACCUGUAGUGUACGCGUGCGGCCGGACACUCCUGCCCACCUAGCCGUUCGAAAGCAUGCCAAUGUGAGUAGAUAAAUAGGUACCACUUGGGUGGGAAGGUCACAGCGUUCUGUGCGCCUAUGGAGUACAGCCACGCUGGCCACAUGGCCACGGAAAACGUCUUCGGACAGCGCUGGCUCCCUUGGCCAAAAAACAGAGACGAGCACCGCACCUUAAACUCGGACACGACUGGACAGGGGAACCUCUACCUUUACCUUUGCUCAAGGUGGAAUUGGCAAGAUGGGCCCCCCGAAGAAAACAAAGACAAAUUUUCACACUUCCACAGGGCAAAGUCAGAUCCCAGGCUUCAGCGAGGGCAUCGGUGUCCAUUCAGGCAUCCUCUUGACGCUUCUUAAGGCGUGAGCUACCUUUCCACCUUUCCAUCCAAGGAACGAAACCGGUUUUUUAAUUGCUUUGCCAAGGUUUUCUGCUGCGGUGCCUUUUAAAUCAGUUGGUUUUAUUCCACAGUAGUCGGGAUUAAGGGACGGGUGAGGGAAGAGGACGGUUAAUUUUCUGCUCUGCGAUCUUAGCCCUCUCUCAGUCCUUCCUUCCGAGGUAUACAGUGCUGUUCGUUUAUUUAUUUUUAAGCUGUAAACUUGAGCUGGUUUGAGUUUACCAAAGAGUGACGUAUCCAAAAGGCUACCUUGUUUUUUUUUUUGUUUAAUUAUGCAGAUUUCGUAACCGGGAGGGGUGGGGGCAUAGUUAGUGUUAACCCGCCUAAGCGUUCGUCCAUCCGAUGACAGCCUUCUUUUAAAAGGUUUUUUAAGCCCUUCGUAUGUUUGCUUGUGUUGUUGAUAGGUUUUUUUCCCCCCUCUUUCAACUGCCUGCUAGGGUUAAAAGAUGAUCAAGCCAUAAUAUAGUACUGUAUAAAUCAGAGAGCUUCAUCGGAGAUGGCAACUGUAGGAAGCCGGCAUGCGUAAAGUUAAAGCAACAUAUUUUCCAAGGGCUUCAGUAAGAUUUAAAAGCGUGGCAGGGCAUACUUGUAUAAAACGAAUUUCUGUUCCAGUUCUGCUGCUUUUGUAUUGGAGGCAAACAUCCAGCAAAGACCAAAUGAAAAAUACCUAGACAUUUUGAUAAUAUCGACUAAUUAAUUUCUCACCCCUGUCAUAACAUUGUCCGUACCCCCCCUUUCCCCAUUCCUUAUGCCAGUGUUUCUUAACCACUUUAAGAUGCCUGGACUUCAACUCCCAGAAUUCCCCAGCCAGCGGGAAUUCUGGGAGUUGAAGUCCAGCCACCUUGAAACGAUCACCGUUGAGAAAUGUUUCAGAAGCUGCGCCAAUGUGGCUGCAUUCAGGUUGACUCUCUACUAGCAGGUAACUGUGGUGGCUGCCAUUUUAGCCGCUCUACUCCUUGGUUAAGGAUUUCAAGUCCUAGAAUUUCCAGCUGCUGAAAAAGUUAGACGAACGAUUCUACUGACAGAGGAAAAUAUUUGUAGCUCAGGGUUGAAGAGUGCUCUCUGAGCUUAGGUGUUUCCUUGCAAACGUUUCACCGCCCAACUAGCGAACUUUAUCAGUGCUAGCAGGGGUGGACCAUUCUGCGCAAACGCCUCCGCAGCAAAAUCAGCGGUGCGUUGAGCUUCCCAGAUACCUGUGAUUGGCCUUGGCACAAAAAGCAAAACUCGUUGCGUGAAGCAGCCCUUAUGCAAGUCUUCCUCAGAUUUUGCUCUGCCGUUUCCCCCUAUCUUGCAAGGUGAACAAACAAACAGGCCUCCAAAUCUAGCCGCAACCCCUAAAUUGUGCCUUUUUGCACCGUGUUUCCGUUACAAUGGGAGGGGGAACGGGGUACACCUUCUUACCCUUUUGAAGCAUGCAGUGAGCCAGUUGUACCGCUGACUUUACAGUGUUAAGUUAAUCCAGAAUGGCAAAUUCAUUUCAUUUAUAAUAAUGCAGGAAUUAAGAAAGUCAGUGGAGACAGCUAUAUAUGAAACUUUGGGUUAGAUAUGUGAAAUCCUAGAAAUUUGGUUCAUAAUUGAGUCUCUCAAUCUACCUUUUUAGCCGUGUAGACAAUGUGAAAAAAAAACAACAGUGACAAUGUCCUUUGUUUAUAUGUUUUAACCUAUUUACAUACUGUGAAAACGAAUUUUUAUACUUUUGCUAAUGUUUGUGGUUUUAAAUAGCGACUGAAUUUUUUUUUUUCUAACCAGUUAACUCUUCCAUAUAACUUCUAUUGAGCUUGUAAAUAGACUAAGGUGGGGGGAGGGAAAAGCUUUGUAAAUAAGUGGGUUUUUUUUUUUUUUUUUUAAAGCAACAGAACACCUCACAAUUGGUUCUGUAUUCAAGGAUGAAUGCUUUUUAGUGACGGGAAGGAUAGUUUUAGGAAAUUUGCCGUAAGAAAAGGAGAUUUAGGGAAUUGCAAGUCUUCAACCUUUCAUAUAUAUCCCACGUAUGUUUCACAGUAGAAAUUAACUUGGAAGUCCUGGCCAAAACUGAGAGCAGGUUGAGCCCACCUCAUCUUUUAAACCACGGUUCAUCCUGGACCUCUCUCCUGCUCCAUUCCGAAGUGGGACUGAGGAAAAGAAAGGAAAAAAAAUCAGAUGAAAUCAGAAUCACAGAGUUAGAAGGGACCUUGGAGGUCUUCUAGUCCAACCCCCUGCUCGAACCAUUUCAGACAAGGAGUCCUACCGGGUAAUUUAUCCAAGUGCUCAAGAUUUGUUGGGCGUAAAAUUCCCAUCGUCCCCCACCAAACCUGUACUUCACUGGCUGGGAAGCAGGGGAAUUGAAGUCCGACGUAAGGUUGGAGAAGGCUGAACGUUAUCCAGGGCAGAGGGCGAAGAUUAUAUCUCGGCUUGUUGAGCCUGAACUGAUAUUUUUUUUCCCCCCUUUUCUCAAGUCUCUUACAAAUUCGCAGGAUAAAUGGAACACAUCAAGGAGACUUUUCGUUCCUUCUUAGAUAGAAUUGCGUUGUCUGAAGCCGUUGUUCUGAGCUCUACUGUGUAGGAAGGACGCAGAAUUAUUAUUUUUUUCCUUUUAGAUCAAGGGCUGGGCGUGGGGUGGGGGUGGGAGGAAACAAGGGUGUGUUUGAGCUUUUAUCUUUUGACGGAUAUCUCUUAUCUGAAAUAUACGUUUAAGUUUACUGUGACUUCUUUUGUCGUCGUUAUCGGAAGGGGGUUUCACAUUGAAGCCACUGCAACAAGGGACUCAAAUAUGCAACACCUAAUCUAUUUUCUAAGGGGAAUUCUACCCUGGAAUGGUGCUUUUAAGACAGGUCAGGGUUAUUUAUUAAAAUUUUUAUAUAUUUUAAAGUAUUUGGGAAUCGUGUAAAUCCUUUAUAUAAAUAUAAAUAAAUAUAUAGAGAUAUAUAGAUAUAUAUAUGAAUCUAUAUUAGUUCAUGAACUGUAAGGAGCGGAGUAAGGCUCAGCAACUGAACCCCAGAGUUCAGUGAAGUCAUUCAGAACGUUCAGUAAUCGUCACGUCAUGAAAUCGCUCGGCAGAUACUCAAAACGUCUUCAUGCGAAAAGUGGAAUGACGCAAGUUUUUACACAAGAGCCUCUUGAGAACGUUCCCUUGGAGGAGAUAGGCCGUACAGGUAGUCCUUGACUUAACGGACCACAACCGGAGGCAGAAUUUCUGUCGCUGAGCGGAAACGGCGGUUCAGUGAGCUGCUCCCAAUUUUCUUGACCCGGUGGGUUAAGUGAAACACACGGUCCUUAAGCGAGUCCAGCAUCACACACACACAUAUCCUGAGACGGUACAGCCGUCAUACAAAUACAUGCUGGUUGCCUAGCGCCUGGAUUUUAAUCCCACGACCCUGGAGAUGUUACGACGGCCGUAAGUGGGAGGGCCAGUUACCUUUUUUUUUUUUUUUUUUUUGGUACCAUUGUAACUUCCAACGAAUGGUUGUAAGUCAAGGAUUACCUGUACUAUCUGGUUGUUUCAAAGAUGUGGGAUUACGGUAGUCUUCGUUGGGUAUAUUGUUGGAAUUUCGAAACGGUUCUGGAAGAAGCUCGGACGUUGUUUGAACAUUUUUUUUUAAAACUUGUCCUUUUCUCAGAUUGUGCCAAACCCAACGAAUUUACGCUGUUUUCUGCAUUUUUCCUGUCCUUUCUGAGGGCAAGUUCUGGAACAGAUCGUCAGACUUCAGCUUUCCCCCUUAAACACGAAAGACCGUCUGCCAGUUUUUCAGACUCAAACCGUUGCCAGUCUAGAACAGAGGUGACCAAUCUUGGCAACUUUAAAAACCGUUCCCAGAAAGUUCCCCGGCCGGCAAUUUGCCAAGGUUGGACGCCCCCCGUGAUCUAGAACAAAGGGCGUCAAACUCGAUUUCGUUGAAUAGAAUAGAAUAGAAUUUUUUUGAUUGGCCAAGUGUGAUUGGACACACAAGGAAUUUGCCUUUGGUGCAUAGGCUCUCGGUGUACAUUGAAGACCGCAUCAAGGUUGGGUUUGACCUUGGGGCGGGAGGGUGCAGUUUGACGUCACUCGUGUCAGGGGCGCCUGUGGCGGCCCGAGCGCUCCGCAGCGAAAACGGGCUCCCAAACUCCGUUUCCAGCCGCGACAGCCUCCUGCAACGCUCUGCCAAUUGCGCGUAGCCCUCCCGAGUUCUGUUUUCAUUGGCAGAAGCAGUGGAGGCCCAUCCUUCACUGUUUCCUGGGCCAGAUCUAACCACCCUGCGGGCCGGAUCCGAGUUUGACACCCCUGAUCUAGAAUACGGCUCUGUAUUUUCCAACCUCCUUUCUCCCCUUCCGUUCGCUGCGUGAAGCAAACUCUAAAUCUUUUGCAGUCCAGACGAGGGGAGUCUAUGAGUUAUCAGAUUACCUUUGCAAUUCGCCCCACUAGCUGUGACCAUGUCCGCAGUCUGACUUUCUCUGUUCGAGAACAUGCCUUCUAACCAGGUCUCCAUGUGGAAAGCUGAGAUCUCUUUUGAACUUUGCAAAAAACAACAACACUUGUUUACACGUCUUUGGCUCAAGACGAGUAACGACAGAUUUGCGUGACGCCGGUGCGUUGGCAAUGGCAUUUUUAAGUAACUUUCUAUCAAGAGCCGCUAGCUUUUGAUGUCCUCAUCAAUAUUUGAACGCUUUGAAUGACUUACCUCAGUGUCAAUAUUUUGCAAUAUUAAACCGGUAACCUCACAAACUCCACACACUUCAUCGAUAACGUGAAGUAAAUGAAACGGAUGCUCUUAAAGCAACUAAACUUGCCAUUAAGGAUUAUUUUAUAGCAUGAGAUAUUUUAGAAUAUUUAUUCAAAUGAUAUUUUACUCUUAUACUCAGAUGGUUUUUUUUUUGUUUUUGUUUUUUGGUUGGUUGGUUGGUUGGUUCUUUUCUCUCCACACACCCCCACACACCCAAUUUUGUGAUAUGAAUAUUUCAGUGCUGCUUAAUUUUGUUCUAAUGGAUUUUUUUCGUUUGUUUGUUUCCUUGCUUGUAAAUUGCCUUUUUAUGGUAUAAAUAAAGUCGAUGGGAAUUGCCGUUUAUAAAUUAAAAUGCUUCUGAAGCGCACACACUGUC